AUGAAGUUGCUUGGUUUUUAUAUUACAAGUCUGCUCGUUGCAAUCGCAUCUGCACUCAACAUCCAAGGAAAAAUCAUACCAAAUACUGUGUUGGAGGACGUGUCAAAAAUCGACUCCUCCACCACCAGAAUUGUCCUUAAUGGCGCACAAUACACAGCUCAUAUUCAAUCAAACGGGGAAUUCAACAUCCCUCAUGUUCAGCCCGGCUCUUAUUUGUUAGAAGUUCAAAGCAUCGAGCACGUCUACCCAAAGAUCCGAGUCGAUAUCAAUGAGGAGAACCAAGUACAAGCAGCUUACACGGGACUCGGUAUCGACUGGAAUCAACGAGGUUAUUCGGUUGUCUAUCCAUUAGAGAUUCAAGCCAAGGCAGAAGCAGAAUACUUUAUGCAACGUCAAGGGUUCAAUAUCAUGGGCAUGUUCAAGAACCCAAUGAUGCUCAUGAUGGGCGCCAGUGCCAUCAUGAUGUUCUUUAUGCCUAAAAUGAUGAAGUCUCUGCAAAAUAUGGAUCCUGAAGCAGCAAAUGAGAUUAGCAAAUCGCAAGCCGAUGCACAAAAGAUGCUGUCAGACAUGCCUAGCUUAUCUCAAAUGUUUGCUAAACGCUAA